AUGUAUUAUGAAGAAAAACAGCCUGCUCGGUAUCAGAGGAAAAUUGCUGACUUGAAAUCUGAGGUACUAGUGAAUGUCGGCAGCAACUUCGACUCGGAGCGGAGCACGUUCAUCGCGCCGCGGAAGGGGAUUUACAGCUUUAACUUCCACGUGGUGAAGGUCUACAACCGGCAAACCAUCCAGGUGAGUUUGAUGCUAAAUGGGUGGCCAGUGAUUUCUGCCUUUGCAGGGGACCAGGAUGUGACCCGAGAAGCUGCCAGCAAUGGAGUCCUGAUUCAAAUGGAGAAAGGCGACAGAGCUUAUCUAAAACUGGAGAGGGGAAACUUGAUGGGCGGCUGGAAGUACUCGACAUUCUCUGGAUUUCUAGUGUUCCCCCUUUAAACGACGGAUCCCCCGAAGCGAGAGCGCGGGCAGCGAGCCAGAGCAUUUCUUACACGUCCCCCAAUUGUAGCUGGGUGUAAAGAGCCUUGGACAGCAAACUUUGUACGGUCAAAUAGGAAAGAGGCUAAAUCCUGCUUAGGUUUGUGUCCAUCUGCUUUGAAGAAUUUUUUGUUGUCGUGGUUGCAGCCGACAGACAGGAGACGCUGCAAUCGCUCCCACCGCCGUGUCCGCCUCUUUCUCCCCCACAUUAGUUCAGCUGAACGUGGCCCUCGUGCCCCCGCCACCUCCCCCCGGUUCUCCAGGCCGCUUCUACCUUCAGUAUUUGCAUUGUCCCUCACCACGUUUUGUGGGUUUGUUUUUAAAACAUGUCAUUCUCGACUCUUCCUCUGAGUUUAAAAAAAAAAGCAAAACAAAAAAACAAAAAACAACGAAGUAUUUUUUUGAAUCCGUGGGUGCCACGACAAGAGAGAAAAUGCAAAUCUUGCUGUAACCUGGCUGACAAACGUAAACCGAAGAACUAUUCCCAGCCAAGGCUGACUAGAGUACUUAAAUAUUUCUAUGUAAUUCUGAGUGAUUGUGAAAUUUAAGGCUGCUAAAUGUUUUGAUGCUUGUUUUGCUCUUGUACAAUGUGGCCCGACUAAACGCCAGGAAGUAUAUUGAACUUUUACUAUUACUCUGUAAUAUAUGUGUGAAUAUCGGAAAUUAAUUUUUGCUUUAAUUGAAUAAAGUUUAAAUGGGACUUUUAUUUUUUUUAAACAGAAAUAGGGUUUUUCUCAAUGCAGUUAUUGGCCCUUUACCAGGCGUAGGACCAGGUGGGGAAGCUGCAGGAGCAACCAGGUGCGCGGGGCUGCUGGCCAUCGGGACCCUAGGUGCGGGACAAUGGAAGCGGGAAAGCUAGAGCAGCGUGUGACAUGGCCCCGGUGCAAGUGAGUCCCGCCUUGUUGGCGCCUCUCGAGCUCCGUUACGCGUUCUCUAAACAGAAGCGAGUCGCCCCGGGCUGGCGCGGGGGAGCCGGGUCCCGGCGAGGAACCGGCGGAGAUGAACGCAGCUCCCGCUGGCAGCCCUCGCCCCCAGGCUUACACUAUCGCCUAGAAAACAAAGCGCAUCUAUGCAGCCCUCUAGCCACUGCCGGCGUAGGCUGCCCUGCUAGGAGCAGUCGGUUUCGCUAGGGUUAGGGUGUUUACAGCCUUUAUAAGAUGGAAAUGCGGGAAUGGGGCAGCGCUCCAGGACAUUGCGGCUGGUGUUGCAGGAAGGAUGGCGGGUGUGACCAAGCCCAGAGUUCACUACAGCGGUGGCAGAAACCCCGACUGGCGGGUCCCCAGGGCAGCUGGGACAGCGGCCCGGGCGGAGCGGGGCUGGCCCCGGGCACCGGAGCGUCCUUCUCCGGCCCGCUCUGAGCUCGCCCGGCUGCCACGCGAGUAACAUCUUGUGGCUCUUUUAAACCCCAGGUUCCAGGAAGGGAUUUAAUUAGCUCCUAGGGGGAAAAUUACUAGUAGCAUAAUAAGCAAAGCUGCUUCAUUUAUUCACAGUUUUUGUCUUGGUAAUAGUCUGCUAGAAGGGGUGGGGGAGCUCUGCGGAACCUUCCCCGAGUGCAGGUAGCACCUGCUCGUUUUCAGGUCGCUUGUUUUUCUAGAGGCCUUGAACCCAGCCCAGAGAUGUGUCUUCUCCUUGUAAGGAGGGCAAGCGAGUUCACAGCGGAGAAAGCCUCCCGCUGAGCACGGAGGCGGGUGGGGGUGGGGGGCUGGCUAUAGGAGAUGGGUCAUGAAUUUGCUUUCUGAAUGUCGAUAGUAUGAUGAUAUCUGUGGUCUCUUCUUUUCAAAUAAAACACACCGAUGACUUGAC